AUGAGAUCACGAACGAGCCAAAGCUUAGCUUCGGGGCUGCAACGUCGGAGGAUUUCCACGGCGAAUUUCCACGGCGACAUCCCCGGGUUCCAGCCGUUUGCUCAGGGGAGUCAGGACGAUGAGAUACUCCAAUCUGUUGCUAGGAAGCAAUUGACCAAGUCACUCUCGAAAAUCACCGAGCCACUAUCUGAAGAGACAGCAAUCGCCCAUGCCAUCAACUUUGGAGAUACUAUAGAGCUCAGAGAUGUUCUUCUUUACCCGGCUGUGCUGGACACCGUGGCGCGGCUUUCUUCCCGCGGCUUUCUCAGCGACAGGCUGUGCCGAAACGAGCACUGGCUACGCAUGACCAAAUCUUACACCGUGACCGCAUUCCAAGCCGCCCAGAGCCUACGCGCAUACCCCCGCUAUCUACGCAAGCUCGUGCACUGGUUCCAACCCGAGUGUAGGCAGCUGCGAGCGCAACUGGCCGAGGCGCGAGAGAUCAUUGCGCUGGUAAUUGAGGAGAGACAUCAAGCACGCAGGACAGCUGCAGAGGCUGGCCAGUCAGUUCCGGAGUACAGUGACGCGAUUGACUGGGCGGACCGGGAGGCAGCCCUCAAGGGAAGCACCCAGUACGACCCGGCGGUGUUCCAGCUUAUCCUGUCGGUCGCAGCAAUCCACACCACCACCGACCUGACGUCCCAAGUCAUCCUGGAUUUUGCUCAGCACCCGGAGCUCAUCCAGCCGCUGCGAGAGGAAAUCUCAUCUGUGCUGCGGGAUGAAGGCUGGAAGAAGACAGCCCUGUACAAUUUGAAGCUGCUCGACAGCUGCAUCAAGGAGUCGCAACGUAUGAAGCCUAUAAACGCCAUGUCUAUGAGUCGACGUGUUCAGGAUCCUCUGAAAUUGUCUAAUGGAAUCUCCCUCGAGCCUGGCAUGCGUCUCAAGGUAGACUCAUUCCGAGGGGGGAAUUCAAAGAUACACAGGGACCCAGAGCAGUGGGAUGGCCGACGAUUCCUCAGGAUGCGGUCUGAACCGGGUAAGGAGAACAAGGCCCAGCUGGUAUCUACGAGCGCACAGCACUUGGGUAAGCAUCCUCCCCGGGACAACUACUCUGUUCUGGGCUGA